UCUGGUACUGUCCCGACCCGGUACGUCCUGUCCCUUACUGUCCUCUCCUGUUAAUUCCUGUCCUGUCCGUUCACGUAUGGUGAAAUCACGGAUGUCAGUACUGGACAAAAAUGCGCCACAGCUCUUCAAUGGCUCACAGUCAUGUCGCGGCACCCAAAACUCGCCCUCAGGCUCUUCAUCACCCUCAACCACAAGCCUCGUCCAUCAUGGUCCUCGUUGUGCCCAUGACUUCCUCGUUGGAUGGCAAGUGAUUCCGGGAGACACUCACCGCUGCCUCGCCAACGUCCUCGCAUGCACGCCGUCUUCCCAGCGCGCCCUGCACGCCGACCCGACCCGUGCCUACUGUACUUUGCCUCCGUCGCAUGUGCCAUCUCGCCGUCGCCUCCUCCGUCACCCACCCGCCAUGGCACAAGUUCGUCACGGACAUCCUCCCCACGCAGCCGAAGGCGACGGCUUAGAGCGUCCUCGACAAGACGCUUCGCCGGUCUCUGCCGGACCUCCACAGUUCAUGGCAGAGCUCUGUGGGAUCGGCCAAGCCGCAUGCGCAAUGGAGGCGCGGAAGGACGGCAAGGAGGGUUCGGCUCAGCCUGAGGGGCGGAUGGAGCCGCAAGAGCAUGGACACGCACUAUGAGAGACAUACUAAAACCCG